CUUUAUAUAAUAUCCUUGCCAACGAGUAUACUGUGACAGUUCUCGAUUGGACAUAGGUAAAUCAAGGUGCAACGAAAAUGCCAGGGCAAAAUCGGUUCUUUGUGUUCACUAUAUUUUUGGUAGUUGUCCUUUCUAUUUUUCACUUAGGUGAGGCAUUGAAGUGUUAUAAUUGCAAUUCGGUGAUCAGUGCAACUUGUGAAAAAGAUCCGACAUCGGAGGAAGUAAUACCAUGUACGGAUGGAGCAUGUAUAACAUUUAGUAUCAACCCUCUUGGUAUAAAAGUCUUCACACGUACCUGCGGUUUUCGCGACUUCUGUAAACAUGCAGAUCCUCACCAGAUCCUAGAUUGUAAAGAAUGCAACACAGAUCUGUGUAAUGCUUCUGCUACCAAUGCAGUAUCAACCAUCAUAAUGAUAACCUCAGGAUUGAUUACGCUGUUAUGGACUAUUCAAUGAAUUUUAUAGAUUAUUUUUAUAAUUAUUUAAUCUUGUGGCUCGUUAUAUCAUAAUCUUUAAAAAAAAAAAAUGUUUUACAUUGUUGUUAAAAUGUGUAUUUUUGUUUUUAUAGCCAGCAAGUUUUUUAGCUCUAUAUCAUUUUAAUCCAAAUUAAUUAUUACAUUGGAUGUUAUGCGAAAGAUAAAUAUUGAAAUAAUUUUAUUAAAUGUGUUAUUUAA